AUGGCGUCCGUGGCCUGGGAAGGAUGGAUCUACAAGCAGGGUAGCCUCAUGCCCACGUGGAAGAAGCGCUACAUGGUGCUCAAGGGCCGCCACAUUGCCUACUACGACAAGGAGGUGAGCAACCCGCGGGCGAAGGAGAAGGGUACGUUCACGCUGGCCGCCGUCGAGCGCACGCCGGGCAUGGAGCUGGGCUUGACGCUCGCUGGCUACGACGGCAAGAUCAUGCACAUCUACACCAAGACGGUCGGUGAGUUUGUGCUCUGCAACAACGCAAUGACCGCGGCGUGCGCCGAGCCCGAGCGCAAGGUCGCGCCGGCGCUGAGUCGCGCCGAGUCGAGCAUGAGCUACCGCCACGAGCGCAGCCCGUCGAGCGCCAACCGCGCCGUGACCCACUCGGGCUGGCUCGAGAAAGAAGGCCAGAACGUCAAGAGCUGGAAGAAGCGCUUCUUCGUGCUCUCAGGAACCGACUUGACGUAUUACGACCGGAUCGGCGGCGCCGAGAAGGGCGGUGGCCGCGUCGUCGACGUGAGCUACUCGUACGACCGCCGCAACAGCCUCACGUUCACCUUGAACAACGACCGCAUCCUCAACGUCACGGCCGACUCGGAGAACGAGAUGCAGACUUGGUACUCGGCGGCGUGCAACGUGCUCGGGAAGGCCGUCUCGAGCGGGCAGCCCAUCUUCAAGUUUCAGAGCACGCAGCCGUCAUCGAGCUAUGGCCGCGCCUCGUCGUCGUCCUCGUUUGACAACAACAACAGCAGCCACAACCUCCGCCCGAGCUCGCAAGGCCCGAGCUACUCGGGCCAAGGUCACAUGUUCCGCGAAGCAUCGUCGUCGUCAGCUGGCAGCAACCAGUACGACCCGGACAACUACCCGUCACCGCCCGCCACGUACAAUCCGGACACGGCGGCCGAGAUGUGGCAAAAGCCCGUGUCCCCCGUCAAGCCCCCGACGACGUACACGCCAACACCGGUGUCGCCCGCCAAGACGCCAACCUACAACCAAGCUUAUCCGCCCAAGCCAACUCCGGCUUCAGCGUCGGCGUACCCACCAAAACCCGUGGCACAAGCGUACAUUUCGCGCCCGAUCGUCGAGCCCGUGGUCGAAGUGAGCCGGUCGUACAACCCCAGCGCUGUUGCGGACGUUUGGAACGUCACGGACCCCAAGCAAGUGAAUUCGUGGGUCGAGCAAGGCAAGGCGUCGGCGGCACCGGCGGCGGCGCCCGCCCCGAGUGCCAACCUGCAGUCGUUCUUGAACAAGUACAUGCCCGAUGACGACGCACCGCUGCCCGUGAUCACACCGACAGUGACCAAGUCCAUCGACGCGGCCAAGCCGGUGGUCGAGCUGCCGUCACCGGUAGUGUCUCCUGUCGCCUCGCGUUCGACCCAGCCCAUUGUGUCACCCGUCAUCUCGUCGCCGGUCGUCCAACACGUCAUUCAGCCCGUCAUUCAGCCCGUCAUUCAGCCGAUCGUCCGGCCGGUCGUCCAGCCAGUCGUCCAGCCGGUAGUCCAGCCGGUCAUUCAGCCGGUCGUCCAGCCGGUUGUCGAAGUCACCCGCACGGUGGUCCAGCACGUGACGGUGAACCAACCCGUGGUGCAGAAUGUGACGAUGGUGCAGCAUGUCUCGGCGCCGAUCACCGUCAACGUUGUCGCGCCAGUGGCCAUCGCAGAGACGACCGAGUCAUCGUCGGACGAAGACUACGAGCGUAUCGAUGCAGUCUCGCCAAGUACCAACGACGACGACGACAGCUACGAGUCGCCCAUCGAUGACAACGACAUGACGCCCCAUGUCACGCCGCUCGUCCACGUCGUCCCCAAGUCCGAGUACACACCCGAGGUGCACAAGCCCAAGCCGGGCCCGCUAUACUUGGAUACAGCGCCGCAGCAGCCGCUCUGGGCACCUGCGUUUCCGCAGCCGUCGUCACAAGAGCCCGAGACGUCGUUUGACGACACGCCCGACGACGCCAGUGACAAGAGCGAUGACGACACGGACACGGCCCCGCAUGUGACUCCGCUCGUCGAGGUCAUUCCCAAGUCCGAGUACACGCCCGAGGUGCAUGCCCCCGUCGACCGCCCGCAAGUGGUGACCAAGGUCGAGCCGGUGUGGGCGCCCUCGUUUCCGGCGCCGCCGCUGGAACAAGUCGACUCGGAUCACGAAGACGACGCCGUGUACGACGCCGCGGUCGUCGAGGUCGAGGUCGAGGUCGCGCCUCGCGUCAAGCCUCUUGUCGCCGUCAUUCCCAAGAGUGAGUAUGCACCGGCCGUCCAUGCCCCGGUCGACCGCCCGCAAGUGGUGACCAAGGUCGAGCCGGUGUGGGCGCCCUCGUUUCCGGCGCCACCGCUGGAACAAGUCGACUCGGACCACGAAGACGACGCCGUAUACGACGCCGCGGUCGUCGAGGUCGAGGUCGAGGUCGAGGUCACGCCUCGCGUCAAGCCUCUUGUCGCCGUCAUUCCCAAGAGUGAGUAUGCACCGGCCGUCCACGCCCCGGUCGACCGCCCGCAAGUGGUGACCAAGGUCGAGCCGCGCUGGACACCGACGAUGCCGGCACCGACACCGGUCGUCGACCACGUCAAUGUCACCUCCGACGACGACGACCAGAGCAACUUGGUUGCGUCGGAGCACGUGGAAGGCCGGUGCGGCGUCGACUGCGAGCACCGCGUCAAGGCGGUACCCAAGUCGGAGUACACGCCCGAGGUCCACGCGCCGACGACCAACAACUCGCACAUUUUGCCGCCGCCCAAGGCCACCUACCGCCACAACGAAAGCGAUGUGGGCGACGGGCCGGCGCUCGCACCGCUGCAGCUCGUGCCCGGAGAGCCCUCGAAACACAAGCACGAACGCAAAACCAAGUCGGACGACGCAGCACCCAAAAGCUGCUGCACAGUCAUGUAGUGUCUAUAUAAUCAACCACUAAUAACAUUGGGAACGCAACGGCUCAACUUGGCGACGCGAGA